AUAAACUGUUCUACAAAAAGAAAGACUUAGGUUUUGGAACCUCAUUGACUAUCGACAAUGGAAAAACAUCAAAAAGAGUCAUAAACCUUGAUGAAUACACUGAAUAUGAAUUUCAAGUGUUGGCCUUCACUUCUGCCGGUAGUGGUCCGAACAGUUCUUCUGUGUUCACAAAAACUAUGGAAGAUGCUCCCAGUACACCUACGUCUUUGUCUUCUGUUGAUGUGCCACCUAGCAAAUUACAUGGUCCAAGAAUAACCUUGUCCUGGAGUAAGCCUACAGAGCCAAAUGGAGUUAUCAGAGGUUACGAUUUGUUUUACAGUCACAGUGGAGGUGCACCAAAAGGGAUUCCUCUAAUGGACAGAGAUACAUUAAGACACACGGUCGAUGUGUUGGGUGGAAUGACUUAUCGUUUUCAUGUCAGAGCUGUAACUAUUAAACCUGGAGCAAAUGGGACGUUAAUCAUAUCUACCAAGGAAUACGAACCCAGUGUUGGCCCAGAUUCUCUUGUUUCCUCUCAAUUGAACAAGACGACUUUUAACAUUUCAUGGGAACUCCUUCAGGAUGAAAUGAGUUAUGGAAGAGUUAUUUUGUAUGAAGAAGAUAAAACUCGGCCCACGCAGAGUGUGAUUGUCUUGCUAGAAGCGCGGACGAUAUUACUACAAACUAUAUAA